AUGAAACAUGCGCGCGCGUGUGUGCUCCUUGCAGCUUGCUACGGCUUUCAACGCGCAGCUGCUGCAGGUGACGACCACCAUGACCACGCGCAUGACCAUGGCGACCACGGGAGCUUUGAGUGGGCAGGCAUCUUCGAAACACCAGAGAGCAAUUAUCUCUGGACGGCGCAGAAAGUGGACGGGAGCUAUGUGAAUCCCAGCAUGAAGAUCGUGGCUUUGCCAGCCACAACCUUGACCCAGCAGGGCCUCAGCGACUUGGAGGCGCAAGCAAAAAAGGCCAUGGAACUCACUUGUACUCAAGUCCAAGCCGGAGGUACCAUCACCCCGGCUAAUAACACCUGUUACGAUCUGCAGUUCCAAGCAACUGCAUGGCAGAGCCUCUUCAACGUUGAUGCCAACGCCGUGUCGGGGAUCGCUUUCUUUACAGCCCAUGUUCCCACAGAGUUCGAAUCAACAGCCCACUACUUGAAGGACAGUAUUGGCACAGACAUCGAGCCGCUUGGUGAGCUGCCAGUCACAGCAGAGGAGGAGACGCCGCCGAUCGAUGCAGCUCCCUUCGCCGCGGCCUUCCUAGUGAACUUGACCAAUUUCAUCGGAGUGCUGUUGAUGUGUGGUCCCAUGAGGAGGAUGACGGAGAAGCCAGUCUUUAGUGCGAUCCUCUUCGCUUUCGCUGCUGGCGCUUUGCUUGCCUGUGCCUUCUUCCUGCUCCUCUUUGAGUCCACGCACCUAAUUGGAGUGGGCUGGAAGACAGAGGUUGACAUUGUUUAG